AUGUUGGCCUUAUCCCUCAUCUUGAGCCACGUGCUCUCCGCAGCGAUCGCUGCUCGCUUGCCGUACGACGUGCAUAAAAUCAUUGAUGCCUUUAGACACCCCCACGAUGAUCUGAUCAUACUCUGUGCUCACCGUGGAAGCCGCUGGAACGGCACAACCGAAAACUCUCGAGAUGGCUACUUCCGCGCCACGCAGAAUGGAAUCGAAUGCAUCGAGACUGACAUCCGCAUGAGCGCUGACGGCCACAUCGUCAUGCUCCACGACGCCGGCCUCGGACGAACGACAGACGUCGGCGAGUACACCGGCCAGACAGCGUACAACCCUUUUACGGGGCAGGGCUAUAACCCUCUGCUGCGGAAAUCCAAUUACUCCGGCUUCGUGGAGAAUCUCCAUCUCCGGGAUGAAGGCGGGAGAGUCCACAUCGAGACCGUGCCACUAGUCACCGAUCUCGUGCAGAGUAUCCACGAUACCGGAGCGAACGUCGUCUUACAGCUGGACUUCAAAGAGAAAGACGCCGUGGCGCCGACGUACUAUGCGUUGAAAUCCAUGACCAACGCCGCCGGUGUUCCUGCGAAUGAGUGGUGCAUUUACAAGACGCAAGCGGUGUGGUGGAAGACGCCGGAGGACUUUGAAGCCGAGGCGUGGGUGCAGGAUGCGUUUGCUAACAAUAUUUCGUUGACUCUGUUGCCCGUGUAUCAGCCCGCGGACUCGUGGUCGUGGGACAUUGCGGCUUCGGUGAAGGCUUUUCAGCGGACGAAUUAUUCGAUCAGUUCAGAGUUCGAGAAGAAGUCCCAAGGGGGUCCACUGCAGGAAGGCCAGGAUGCUGUCUUGGAUGGUCGAGCAGAAGGGAAUUUUGACGACGAGGAAUCGCGCCGGGAUGUUGCUGACAUCUGCACCAGUUUUGCGAUCGGAGACUUGGUCCAGCCCAUCUCUACAGCAUUCUACGACACAGCGAACUUUAGCCUCCCCGCCGACGAGCGUGUCAACGGUUCCGUGUUUCAAUAUUCAGAAAACCACGCACCUGUAUUGCUGGAUAUCUUCGCUGGUAACGCCACGUCCGAUGGCCGCGAUCAUCGUAGCGACUUCGACUGGAUCCUCCAGCAGGGAAAUACGUGGGUGAUUGCGGAUACAGCAGAUCUAUGGCAUGCGAGACUGCAAGCCGAAGGGAAGAGGAAUCUCACUCGGAUGCUCGCUGAUGGAAAGAGCCUUCCAGAGCCUGGGAGAGGUUGGUAUGUGUGA